AUGUUUGAGAUAGGGCCCGUCACUUCGGGCUGUUUCCGUUCGACUACGAUCCAAACAAAGCCACUGCGCUUAUUUUUUGUAAUUCACGCAGACACGACGUUCUUCCUCUCGUUCGAACGACGACGGCGACAUCCCAGAGUGAUCUACUCUGGUAUGUCGUCGUCACCAUCAAGUCGACUAUGGGUUGGCCCGUUACUACUCAUCCUCGUCAUAGCCUUGAUCUAUAUUUUCAGUCUUAUGCCGAAUUCACCACCACAAAGAGAGCUCACACCAUUAAUCGAUGAUGCUCAUCACGUUCGAACGUUCCGUCUGGGAGAUCAUGAGAUCACGGAGUCGUUGAAUGAAAUGAAAGCGCCUAAACCACGUCUUGUAAAGAGAGGAGAGCACCAAGCAAGUACCGAGGAGGUAGCGGUAGGGGAGGAGGUCACCUUGAUCACCUUGACUCCCGUUGAUCUUCGAACUGGUCGAGCGGGCGCCAGUAAUUCUUCCAUUUGUCCCGGUUGCGUGCCAGAGUAG